UGGUAUCCGCUACCCUGGAGAGCGUGUGCUUGCGGGCGGUGGACUUGCUCAAGGAAAACGCAGUAGAGAAAAUUCUAGUGGAGGAUGAAAGUGGUCGUGGCUUCACUGCUGGCAACAGGACGGAAAGGGAAACAGGGAUUGUUAAACCUGCGACCGCUGGAGGCGAAGCGGAACAAUCGGAAGUAGAAGAUAAAGAAAACAAGCCGCUUCCUGGGCGGGAUGCAAAAACGAAAACGGACAAGAGCGAGAAGAUGUUUUCCGGAGGUACCAGUACAACCACGACACGGAAAAACGAGGCGGAAGACGAAGUAACUUCGGAAUUGACCUGGACCGCCCGGGUGCGGGAGUUGGAGAAGAUUUGCUGCGAAGCCGCGGCUAUCCUGUGCAAAAGUAUCGUACUCGUAGUAAUCGCAAUCAUGCAUUACAAGUUUUUUUCUUAAGGUAAAUCCGCAUUACAAAUUUCAUUUCUCAUGCUGAGGGAAUUUGCCAUGCAUUUCCACGAGUCCGAUGCUUUUGCAUUUCAUAGCGGCGACCCUCUUUCGCGAAAAGUUGAACAAAGCUUCUUCUACCGGUAUAGUUGUUGCUUCCUCGGGGAUCAUGACGACUUUCGCGACGGAGAACAAUUAUCCUGGCGCUGGAACUACUCCUACCGCUGCUUCUCCUCCUCCAGGCUUAUCCUCCGCUGUCAAGAACAACCUGUUCUCCUCGUCUUUGUCCAAUAGCAGCAUGCUGUUGGAUAAUUCCUCGCAUCAUGUUCAUGACAAGAGCGGCAAUUUUGGUCCGAACGUGGUCGACAUCAGCAACGAGACGUCUAUAUCCUGUGCAAAAGUAUCGUACUCGUAUAAAUGCAAGCCUUGCAUCACAAAUUUUUGUCUGAAGGCAACUCAGCAUUACAAAUUUUAUUUUUCAUGCUGAGGAAAUUUGUAAUGCAUUUAUACGAGUGCGAUACUUUUGCAGUUCAUAGUCUAGUUUCCUGUCCGGCCACGACAACCAGUUUGCGGAACGCGAGUUUCUAUCCUGUGCAAAAGAACUUGCAAUCUUAGUCUUUGUCUUGCAUGACAGACCUGCUUUCUUGCCUGAGUCUGCAUGGUGACCUGUCCAUUGUAUUUCUUUGUUGACAAAAUUGAAAUUCAAAUUUACAGCGGCAGUGCAGUGUAUGCUUAUAGUUGCCGCGAAUGUUCUAGUUUUUGCCCUGCAUAGGCCCUCCACGCACUGUGGCGCCAAGUUGAGGCGAAGAUCACACAGAACGCUCGGCGGUGUCGUGCGAAAUUGCGGAAGACGGUGUUCAAAAAGUCGAAAUGGGUGAAGGCCCGGAAUCUGGUCAAGGCCGCUAUGGCGCUCAAAAAUCUUGGAGGCGGUGCAGGUGUACCAGCGGCGAUGGAUUGCAAGGGGGUAGAAGACAUGACGGCAACUAGUACACCGGGUGGUACUGGCUCCUGCACGAUUAGUCGUUGUGCCGGUAAAGAAGGUGCCGCCGUAACGGACGAGGCGGAAAAAAAAGACCACGACGGUGAGACCACAGACCGUCUCGGGAAUCAUGACGGCACCGCUGCCCGUCCUGCUGCUAGCGCAGAGCAGGAGCAGGACCAGACUGCCGAGGUGGUGGAGGAUAUUUGCAAGAAGCAAGAUGGCCGCGCGAGUCCUAGUGAAGAUGCGCCGGGGAGCGUUAAGAACAACAGGAAGCGCAACACCUUAAUGGAGCCCGACGACGAGGUUGAAGAUGAUGCCCAAGAGAAUCUCCAUCUCUCCGGCGCGUCGUCCGGUACAUCUCAACAUGCGGACCACGCCGAUGCCGACGAGGAAAAGAAAACCACGUCCAAGAACACGGAGGAGAAGAAACCGAAAAACCAGAAGGCCGGAGGCGCAGCAGGAGCGGCGUUCGAGACUGAAAAGGUACAUGUAGAUAACACUGCCAGUUGUGCCACUGCAAAACCUCCAAAAGCGAAUGAUAUCACCAGCAGCCACCUCGGCGGUCAAGAGCAGGCAUCUCCGGACGGCGAAAGCACCCUGGUUUCCUUCAAUAACACCUGUAUCAAAACUUCGACAACGAGCGAAGGACAAGGGCAAGGCACUACGGACAGCGUUGCAGCAGCGCCUAAAGAAGAUCUUCCCGCCGCUUCUGCAUCUUCACAAGUCAAUAAGGUUCCUAUUUGUUCUACAACCACGAAAACCGACCAAAACGAGGACGAAAUCCUGGACAGCCCUCCGCUGGACGAGCCAAUGGAGCAGGAAUCCGUCCAGGAAGAGGUGGUGAACAUGAAAAAAUUUCUGGAUCAGGUUACGAAAGUGUGUGAAGAUGCGAAUCAGCAAGGAAGUGCUGAGGAUGCUCAACAUCGUGAGGAGCAUCAACAGGAGCCAGCAGAUGAUGGAGAUGCUGACAAUGACACUGACAAUGACAAUGACACCGUGGUUACCGGGGGGGCAGCUGCUUGUAACCCCCAGCAAAUGCAAACAAGCCAAAAGGUCGUGAAGCAAGGAGCUGUUGAAGUAGACGACGACAUCGAUUCCUACACGGAGCCCUUCUUGACCGCUCGGACGUCGGCGUUUGUGACCUCGAACGAAUUGGAGAUCGAUCAAAUGGAGGUGGAGCAAUUUAUUUCAACCACACAGCAGCAGUCGGGGGACAACGACAAGAACUUGGCGAAGUCGAAGAGCGAUAAUAAUUCAUUGAACAAUAAUUACAACGAUUUAUCCAGGAAAAAAAGUGUGUAAGUGUAACUUUGUUUGAGGAACAGCAUCACAAAUUUGCUCUACAUGACAGAGAAAACCUGUCAUGCAUGGUUUGCAAGGGAAAACACACAUGAAAAGAGGACUUCAUGGCUGUCUGCCAUGACAGGUAUAACUCUGUUGCAUCCUCUGCAACACAAAUAUACACUAUACACAGUUUUUUUCUUGCAUACGAUUAUAUGACCAGUCCCGGAGACACGUGGCGAUCGUUUGAGGACGCGAAGUAUCCUGUGCAAAAGUAUCGUACUCGUAUAAAUGCAAGUCUUGCAUGGCAAAUCUUUUUCUUAAGGUAAAUCCGUAUUACAAAUUCUAUUUGUUUCUCAUGCUGAGGAAAUUUGUAAUGCAUUGAUUAAUAUACGAGUACCAGUACGAUACUUUUGCACAGGAUACGAAGUCCGUUGCAGACUUUUCCAAGGAGAAGUUGGAAAGCUGCUUUUCCCAGGCAGAUGAGAAUGACACUAAUGCUGACCACCCGGGAGGAGCGGGAGCAUCACAAGCUUCCACCGGUCAGGUGGAAAUCCUCGGGGGCGGAGAUCAGGAACACGCACGCGAAGCAGAAGGUGCAACUGAGCGAGGCAAAAUUUCACAUGCAGAUGCAAAUUACAGCGCAGAUGCAGAAAGAAUGUCGGCCAAAACUGCACAGACCGAACAUCCUGCCAGCAUGAACCACGAACCACUUGCGGUAGACGACUUCCACAGGAGCUGCACGGAUCAACAUCAUGCUGUAAUUGUUGACGAGCCCUCUGGCGUAACCUCCGACCAUGUUGAUUCCGAAGCAGUCCGGCUCGAGUCCGCCGCCCGUUGUUCACCCGAGGACGAAAAGAAGAAGGCCGUUAUGCAUUGCAAAAGUAUCGACGUACUUCUAGACUUGCAAUACAAAUUUAGCCAUGAGUAAAAAUGAAAUUUGUAAUUCUGUUUUCCGUUAUCCAAUAAAUCUGUCAUGCAUGACUGCGAUGAUAUAGAUAGAUAUUUACACCAGUAGUCGUGUGCGAUGCUUUUUCGCUGGAUAGCUGUUUCAUGCCAGCAAAGUGCCAACUUCACUUCCUCCUCCGUUGACUUGGAGAAAAAAUCGAACAUCGGGGGCAUUUAUGAAACACAAAUGCAAACGUGUGGUCUUUUGGUUUGUUCGAAAUUUGUAUUGCUGGUAUCUGCAUUGCAGGUUGGCCGCUUGUAUGGCAUAAUAGCAAGAGAAGUUCUUUCCCUCAGGUUCUUCCCGAUUAACAUUAAUGCGGAGAGAUAAUUUACCAAAGAAUGGCAUUUAUGCAUCACAGAUCUUGCUGUCCUUCCAGACCCGCAUGACAAAUCCAGACCUAGACCACAUACUUUCAACGCAUAGCAUCUCCUCCGGCUCGGCGUCCGAAGAGGACGAAACGGACGACGGAACGAGCAGCAACUUCCCCCCUUACAGCGCGAGACGGGUCGCGCACCCGGUUUCCCUGGUGCUCGCAGAAGGGAUCACGGGCCCGCGAAGGACCACGGCGGAUCAUGCUGAUAGUCGAGCGGGGGCCACAAACACAAUUUCUGCUGCAGCUGACAAAGACGAACGAUCUACAGCGCGGGUCAGUCACGAGCAAGAUGAUGCCCCUAUGACCGAAGAGAAACAUUUCAUCGCAAACAAGACGGGAAGGCAGUGGGUUGUCUCUCCAGGUUUACUACGCGGCCCAGCGUCACCAGCUGGCGGGAAAGGGGAUCAGCAGGACGACGUCCUCGAAAAAGAUUCUGACGAAAUAAAGAAACUUCAGUCCUCUACUUCUUCCCCGCCGACUGCGAGUAAAAAAACCGGAGUUGAAGAUGCGGAAAAUGCAGCAACGCGGAUGUCAACGACCGGCACAACUAUCGGUCCUACUUGCGCGCCGACAACCAGGCAGCACAACCACGAUUCGGUAAUGACUAUUGAUCCGGAAAACUUGAGGUACAGCACCGCGGUAACAGCGAAUUCCAGACUAUCCACGACUGCAGCUGGACGAGGGGGUGCAGCAGCUGGAAAAAGUAGUAGUAGAGACACAGCGGUUCUUUAUUUCGACAGCUGCACAUCAGCCGGCGUGCCCCGGCGGGAAGGCCAGGAACAGGAUGUCGGGGAUUUCACCAAUCGUCGCCAGUACUCCCGGUGCGUGGCGCAGUCCUUGUCCCCGACAAAACACCUGUCCAGCUAUCAGAUUGAUCAGAGUUUAGCAUAUCAAAGUCGCAAUUCUCAUCAAUGUGCAAUGGCACAAAAUCAAUCGUGACAUUUCAAUGAACUUCUCACUCAAGGUCAAGGAGGUGCCCCCGGCACUGCUUGAUGCUUGUGCACUACAAAAGGAACCUUUUUUGCGCAGUACAUUUAUGCUUUUUGCAAUGCAAAUCAACGCCAUUAUAUGCUAGCUUUUUUCCCUGCGGUACAAGCCCGCCGUUGCUCGAAGACCAAGCGUUCUCCAGCUACGCCACGGUGCUGCCCACAAGAACGCCGUCGCCGCCGUGUGUUUCUUCCAAGGCGUCAAGGAUGUCGGCGCACCAGAGGAUUAACAGGACUUCUCUUGAGAGAGCCGGAGGAGCUACUGGUACUGCAGCUGCUUCUUAUGCUGGUGCACCUACAUCAUCAUCAAGAACUGGUGCGAAGAUGAAGCUCCUUUCCAGUGGCGCGCAGACUGUACCGGUGUCAUCUUGUUCGAGAGGCGGUGUCAGUGGGGGCAGCGGCACCAUGAGUACUACAAGUGCAGGCGCUUCAACAUUAUCCCACAUCACAGGAGCCACUACCAGUACGAAGUUGCAGCUUUUUGGAAUUGGAACAAAGAUUACCAAAGGCCAGAAGCCACAGCCGCUGCACAUGAACAAAAUCCAGCCGCUGAACUUGAACUUGCAGGUGGGUACGAUGAAUCUGAUGGCAGCUGCACCUCCAAAUGCUUUAUUUGGCGGACCACGAGGAGGUCAUGCUAGUACAACAAGUAACGAAAUCGAUGCGCGAGGUGCGGAGCAGGUCAUUGGUCAGCAGGGUGCAGCAACCGUACUACAGGGGCCGCAGACACAGCCGCAGGACGAGUCUCAAACCCGCCCUGGUUCCGAAAGUAUUAAAACCCCAUGUGGUGGUCCUCUGCUGCCGAAUUUUCUGCAGCAAAACACGUGGAUUUUGACCAAGAAGAAGCUUUGCGUCAAGCCUCUGGGAACUACUACAGGAGCUCAUGCACCGGGGGUAGUUCAUCCGAACCAAACCGAGAGUGCUGGGGCUUCUUGUACUUCGCAUGCUAAUCAGCUGCUGUUGACGAGAAACAACAAAAUUGCGAGGUUCAACACGACUGCAAAGAAAUUUUUUCCCAGUGACAACAUUCCGAAAACCCCUAUCCCGCCGGAGAAGGGGAAGAUGAAUAAAAUGAAUUCCCCCGCCGCGGCCGAUGUGGCGGUUCUUGACGAUCUACAACCUCACGAGGAAGCCCAGCCUGACGCAGGUUCCUACAACCUGCUUUCCGAAAUGGAGCGCCGGACCCAACGUUUAGUCGUGGAUCAGCAGACACAAACUUAUCCUGUGCAAAAGUAUCGUACUCGUAUUGCAAUCAUGCAUUACAAGUCUUGUGCUCAAGUCAAAUCUGCAUUACAAAUUUUAUUUCUCAUGCUGAGGAAAUUUGUAAUGCAUUUAUACGAGUGCGAUACUUUUGCAGUUCAUAAAACUCCCCCGGUCGUCAUUUCGUCGCGGUUGGAAAAGGAAGUAUCCUCUACAAAAGUAUCGUGCUCGUAGUGAAUGCAGCCAUGCAUGACAAAUCCAAGUCUCUACCCGAACACGCAUGACAAAUAAUUGCAUUUUUCUUCUUGAUAAAAUUUGUAAUGCAUUUUUUCCUAGUGCGUUUAGUUUUGCAAUGCAUGCGAAGAAGAAGAAAACGAUGACGAUGGAUCAUUGUUUACGGAGAAGCGGGGUCGCGAAACCGUGCAGUUUGUCCAAUCGGCGAGCAGUCCGGAAGGGGGUGCUGGUCGUGUGAACGAGAGAGACGUCGAGUCAGGUGAGCAAACUUGUUCAGCUGCAGCGGAAGACGAAAAACGAGCUGAGGCUGAAGCAGGUUCUCUGGCACAUGCCGAUGUAGAAGUUGCGCAGACCUCUGCACCAUUCGCGCCGGCGACUCCUGGAAUGGGAAAGCCGGAGGCAGCAGAGGUCCGCGACAGUUCUUCUGCAACGAAGGACGACACCGCCACGAGAGCUGCUAUUCCCAAAUACGAAAGUAACGAACAAAAUGGCGAAAACAGUUGUGGCGAUGGUCCUGUAGUUGAAGACAAGGGUACGCUGCUUGCGGCCGCAGGUGAACAUAAUCUUAAUCCAGCAGCAGAAGUUGAAGUACGCGUACAGGUUGAAGAAGCUGCUGAUGUUACAAAAACAAAAAUCAAGCACAGCACCGGCCCGAAGCUUGUUUUGGAGAAGAUCAAAGAAGCGGUUGGGGACAAAGCUGCGAAAGAAGUGGUGCAAGUGGAGAACGAAUUAUGCCAAGCGGCUGUGGCAACAGCUGGCUCUAUUGCGAUUGCACAGCCGCAGUCAGCCGCUGAGGUCUCUACUUCCGGCACGACCAGUCAACAUACCGGAGGAGGAGUUGUUGUAAAGACCUUGCUCGACGAAAAACGAGUGGAGGAGGUGCAGGACCUUCACCGGCCGACGGGACAACUCGAGGCGCUUCAUCUACAACCCGGCGAGAAGACUAGUUCGAGUUCCACCGCUGGCGCUCCUGCCGCUGCAGCGACCGUCACCAGCAUAAAGCCGAAGACCAAUCAGGUCGAGGUGAUCCGCCGCCUCUUCAAGUACCCGGAUUUCAAUUUACUCGUAUCCUGUGCAAAAGUGUCGUACUCGUAGUAAUCGUAGUCAUGCAUUACAAAUCUCUUUCUCAAGUCGAAUGCGCAUCACAAAUUUUAUUUUUCAUGCUGAGAAAAUUUGUCAUGCGAUUUAUAUAUACUAGUAAGUAAGUACGAUACGGAUACUAGUUUUGCAAAGCAUAGCUCGACGCAAAGUUCGAAACUUCCGUCCUCCAACAGCCCAAUACUAGUCUGAAGGUAGAAGUGAUCACAGACACGCGGAUCAGCACGAGACCGGUUUCCACUUAUGGCACUACGUCUACCGUGCGGCCGCCGACCACGUCCACGCUAGCGGUAGGUCAACAACAAUGUCCGCAUCUUUCUGGUACAACUGCUGAUCCUCCUCCCCCGUGCAACAAGGAAAUAAUCUCAGGCUACAACUUAUUUGCGGGCGCCAGUGCACUUCCAUCUGCGGCUGGAGGAUCUCGUGAGAAGAUGACCAGUACAACAGCAGCUGCGGUCACCUCCAAAGGCCGCGCAUCAUGUGCCGCAUCUCCGACGAGCGGAACCAGUAGCGCAAGAACACCAUCCGUGAAUAAGAAUGCGAAACUUUCGUCGCUAAAGAACAAGGCGAGAGAGCAACUCGCCAGCAAAAAACCGAUCCGCCUGACAAAGGACUCGGGGAAGAAAUUUUCGGAAAUUGGGGAGCUGUUUUCCACGUUGAAACAGGUGCAAAUGGUUGUUCCUCGGGUAGUGGAUGCUUGUGCAGCUGACAAAGGAGUAGAAAAGGGCGAUGAACUACAGGAGCGGCCUGGCCCUGGCGACAAAACUGAUCCAUUGUUCAUCUCUCCUGCAGGAGCAGGAGCUGGAGCACCACCACGCGACAAAGACAAAAUUAUUCCGGAAGCAGCGGACGCAGCGAAGCAAAGCAAAGCGGAUCACUGUAAAAAUAGUGGAUCUUCCGCCGAACUAGCCAGUUCUACUGCCGUUCCGGGCUCCUGCACCUCCACCACCACUGCGGCCUCGAGCACACUGCUGACUCGCACUGUCGACACAACGUUAACGACGAGCCAACAUGUUGAUGUUCGUCCCGGUGGACAAGAUAUUGUAACAGGGCAAGAUGUAGUAGUAGUUGGAGGUGCCAAGAGUACUCCUGUUGCGCCGACGUACCACAACCUCCCGCAGAUGAAGACUUCCACUUUGACCCGCACGAGCGACAACGGGCACUUUGCGACGGAGGAGAUGUUGACCAAGCUGAACUACGGCAAGAAAACCUCGACUACUGGCACUGCGACCACUUCUGGCUGCGCAAAAACCCCGACCAUCCCAAGUCGUUCCACCUACACCUACAGCUUGCCGCACGUGAAUCACCAACGGUACCCUACGCCGACUAGCAUGACAAAUUCUAGCGGAGGAGGAGCGGAUCGCGGCAGUUGUGUGGGCAGCAUGACAAAUUCUAGUGCUGGGUCAGGAUUCGCUGUUCCUGCUGGACAAGUUUCUUGUUUUCAGGUGCAGUUUCCGUCGACGAACUUCUACAACAUGACAAGCACAAGAGCUUCUAUCGUGCAGCCUGGGACGAGAACGACGAAGAAUAGUAGUACGAGCGCUUCUAUUCUCUGCAACAGCAAAAAUCUUUCGAACACUUCAAAAAAUUUUGGUCUGAUGAGUCUGCAGAAUUUCAGUACUUCUAGUUGCAAUGAUAACUACAAUGUUGUUACUGCUUCGCCAGCAAUCGUGCCGGAGGAGCGGAAACAGUUUGUGAAUGCGGGGGUGAGGGAGGCCGGUGAUAUGAAAAACGCCGACGACAACUGUAGUAAUGCAGGUUGUGUUGAUGCAUCUUCUGGAUCUGCGGACCACGUCACGCCGCCGGAACAACUACAACAUGACGAGGAACAAAUCCUUGAAGAAAAAGAAGAAGAAAAUUUCUCCGAACAAGACGCCGUGGUCGCAUUUUUCGAGAAUCCCCGCUACAAGAAUAUAACCCGCUCAGGUGCUACAAUCUCAAACGUUACAAUAGAAUACGGAAAUCUGUGAUGCAAGAGUGCAUGACCUGGCCGACUCUCAUAGGAUUGCGCAUGACAAGUUCCGGCGCCCCAAACCCCACUACAAUCUGGCGAAAUUUGUAUUGCAAAAGGUGGAACGCGGUGCGAGUCUGUCAUGCGCGUCAUGCAACACAAAUUCCAGAUUCUAUUGUAACGUUUGAGAUUGUCACGUUUGAGCAGGUCAUAAAGAAGUUCGAAUUGAUGGACCCCCGGACCUAUGCAUUACAAAAGUAUCGUACUCGUAUAAAUGCAUUACAAAUCUCCCCAGCAUGAGAAAUAAAAUUUGUCAUGCUGUUUUAGCUUAGGAAGGCGAUUUGUCAUGCAUAACUGGGAUUACUACGAGUACGAUACUUUUGCACAGGAUAGAACCCGGAACACCUGGAUCCAAGCGACCCUGAAUACGGUUUACGAGCACGGAAUCGACGAGGCGCAGAUGCGGGAUUCCACAAGCAGCGCCGGCACGUCUUUUAUGCGAAGAGAAAAGCAAGAAUCUGAGUCAGGCUCUCACCUUCGAUUUGUGAUGCGACAGGUGGACGAUGGUCUUGGUCCUCACCUGUCAAAAUAUAUACGGGUCAGCGUCAGCUGUUGAUGCAUGCCACGCAUUACAAAUUGAGGGUAAGAAGAAUCUUCGAGAUGAGUGUAUUUCUCUAGGAUAUCUCUGGAAACGGUGCCAGAGGAAGGGCGGAUGUCACGGACAUCCGGUCAACAGGCCGACGAGGAAGUGGAACAGGGUCGUGAAGGUGGUACUGGUAACGGAGUAAGCGGAACAAGUGAAGAACUUGCGGCACCAAGUGGAGUAGAAAAUGUAAAUGACAAACGUGGUCGCACCGAGGACACCACCUCGGAAAAACAAGACGAAAGAGGAAAAAAUGAUCACGAAGUCAACAUCGCGGAUAUCAAAAAUGCGACGAAAAGAUAUCUUUCGGAGACCUACAACAGAUUUGUGGGAAAGCUGAGUCAUGAGUAGUUAGGAACUAGAGGCGUUGUGCUUCUGAUGUUAUCUUCAAUAUGUAAUGUAUGAGAUGCAUGCGAGGCGUUGAAGACGAUUAAAUUUGAGGUGUACAGCAUUUUUUUUGGAAUUUGUUUGGAUAGUUUUGGAAGAUGAAGUUUUUUUUCCGGGUCUUCCAGAAAAUUUGAGUUGAUGUAGCUCACUACAAAUGAAUCAAUCUAGACUUUUCUACGUUUACUUCUAUUUUCCUGUGUAUGUUGCUCGACAUCCAGUACUACUGCUAGGUCAAGUGUAGUGCGAAAAAAACGGCACUUGCUCUCUGCUCCUGCUGAGUAGUUAUAGUAAGUUCUGUUUUCAUCUGAGUCGGCUACUGGUACUGAGCAGGUGGUGUUGGCUAUACUAGAAUUAUAAGUUCUGAAACCACCAGUGCGGUCCUCUUGCGCUCGUGUAAUCAAAAAUGUAAAUGCGUACAACAACGACUACUAGUAGUUCUAGUUUCCACUUUUGUUUGUUUUGCAUGAGAUGUCGUCUUUUCAUCUCAUUGUCGGCGUGAAAUCCAAGGUGAAGUUCUUUCGAGAGUAGCGCCCCUUGAUAUUUUGUUUGUCUUUCUUUCAAAAUCAAGCGGAAACCAGCAGUGUUUUAGAUUCUGUAGUCGAACUAAGUACAGAGAUAGGUUUCGAUAAAUUUAGAGGUAGAAAGGAUGAUCUUCAAGCUGUAGCUGGCGACAAGUUUUGCCAAGUGCUUUCUUGAUGCACGGUAAAAACUACAGAUCGCUCAACGAUUCUUGAUCAUCGGAAUAUAGCACCAGCGUGGUCUUGCGCUCGUGUUUUUUUUCUUUAACAGUUACGGAGGCAAAUGAAAUGUAUCCAUUUUCUUGUUGUAAUCGGCUGCGUCUAGCAGUUGAUGGGACAAGAAAGAUAUCUCCUGCCUCGGUAGGAAAACGAUUUCCAGCAUUGAGCAGUAGUCAGUAGUACUACAUCCCACCCGUGCUUGCCACUCUCGCUCUACUCACUCGCUGCAACGUCUUCAAGAACGCAUUUCUAGUUUCAGACACUACUCACGAGAAGCUCGAACUACGCCGUCUCUCGUCAGGUUCUUCACGAGCGUGAUGCUCAUUACAGUUAUCACUUGUUUCCCUGGUUCGUUAUGUAAAAGUACUUACAACUCCGUGCUUUACGCAAUUAUUUUACUAUUACUUGGCUUGAUACGCUUAUCCUUAUGCUUAUCACGAGAACACACCAUUGGCAUGGCCAUGAUCUUCAAAUGUUUAUGUUUAACCAAAUGCCUGUCUACCUUCUGUCUUUGCGCGAUUUGAAAAUGCACCUGUGGUUCGUCCCAGGUAGGCAUUGCUUUGAACAAGGAACAAUGUACAACUCAUGUCCUAUUCAUUGAUGACUUUUUUGACCUUCACUUUAGCUGGUUUGAUAAGAAACCGUGCUUCUGCUCGUCGGCUCUCCCUCUCGCAAAAUCCUCUCCGAGCACCAAUCUUGUAAUGCUGCUACGACUAUACGAAAGGAACAAUCCGCAUCCGGCACGUCUCGCCUGAUUCAACAUUGGUGUGGGCGGAAUAUGAGGGUGAAGAGCAAAUCAAGUAGAGACCGUUUUUGAUUUUGUUACAAAAAUGAUAGCCAGUGAAAGAU